AAGGAACCGCGGGGGAGGAGCUGCGUGAGACCUGUGCGGCCGGGCCGGGGCUCAUGGCAGCUUCCAGGACGCUCGGCACUUUUCGUCUCCCGCCGUUGCCCACGAUUCGAGAAAUCAUUAAGUUGUUUAGACUGCAAGCCGUGAAGCAGCUAUCCCAGAAUUUUCUCUUGGACUUGAGGCUGACAGAUAAAAUUGUAAGGAAAGCUGGCAAUCUGACAAAUGCUUAUGUUUAUGAAGUGGGCCCUGGGCCUGGGGGAAUCACAAGAUCCAUUCUCAAUGCUGGUGUGGCUGAACUUCUGGUGGUUGAAAAGGAUAGUCGAUUUAUUCCUGGAUUACAGAUGCUUUCUGAUGCAGCACCUGGAAAACUGAGAAUUGUCCAUGGAGAUGUCUUGACAUUUAAGAUAGAAAGGGCUUUUCCAGAAAGUCUCAAAAGACAGUGGGAGGAUGAUCCUCCAAAUGUACAUAUUAUUGGAAAUCUGCCUUUUAGUGUAUCAACUCCACUGAUUAUCAAAUGGCUUGAAAACGUUUCUCAUAGAAAUGGACCUUUUGCUUAUGGCAGAACCCAGAUGACUUUGACUUUUCAAAAGGAAGUGGCAGAGAGACUUACAGCCAGUACAGGAAGCAAGCAGCGUAGUCGCCUUUCCAUCAUGGCCCAGUACCUCUGCGAUGUUCAGCACAUCUUUACAAUUCCAGGUCAGGCUUUCAUCCCCAAACCAGAGGUGGACUCGGGCGUGGUGCAUUUCACCCCCCUGACCCGGCCCAGGAUAGAGCAGCCAUUCAGGCUGGUGGAGAAAGUCGUUCAGAAUGCCUUUCAGUUCCGAAGGAAAUACUGCCAUCGAGGGCUUGGAAUGUUAUUCCCUGAAGCUCGGCGAUUAGAAAGCACUGGGAAACUGUUACAGUUGGCAGAUGUGGACCCUACUCUUCGACCCACCCAGCUCUCUGUCUCACAUUUUAAGAGCCUCUGUGACGUAUACCGAAAAAUGUGUGAUGAAGACCCACACCUCUUUGCUUACAAUUUCAGAGAAGAACUCAAGCAAAAAUCAGAAAAAAGGGGAUGACAAGGAGAGUUACAGACUGUAGCUGCUACUUCAGGGGCUGGCAGCCGACUGGAUGUUGAUUUUCACAGUGUUGAACUUCUCAUGUGUGUGCUCCCCAGGUGUGACUUACUCCCCUUUUACAGCUUGGUAAAGAGAAUAAAUAUCAUCAAAUAAGAAGCCUUGCACUGUUCUGAGCACUGGGAAUGCGGCAAUGAGCAGAACAAAGUCCCUCGACUCCUAUACAUCCCAGUGGAAGACAGACGGAAGAUGGUAAGUGCAGACUGUGUCAGCAGGUGAAAGACAAAGGAUUUGGAUUGGGGGUGCUUAGGUUUUAUAAAAGGAGGUCUGGGACUGAGCAUGUUUAGGUUUCUUAAAAGGAAAUAAAAUUGCCGCUACAUUCUCAUGUCACACUAUGUAUUGGGUGUCUGGUUUAGAGCUUACAAAGCUACCGCUGAUAAUUUACAAAGUGAUGACUUGCUGCUCUAUUCUGAAAGCAUACAUCCUUGCAGAGGAGCUCGUCAUGUUUUCCUGAAUAAACCCAAGGCUAGCAGAGUUCUCACCUAAUUUCGCUGAGACAGGAACGCGGUUCUUGAGGGGUACCAGGCGAUCUUUACAUGUUUUCUCCAGAGGUAAUUCACACUUUAUGUGACGCCUGAAGUUUUCCCUCAGAAUAGAUCGAAUCACCUUGACAAUGUUGGUUUUGCUUUCGUUGUCACUGGCGGGGAGAGAGAAAACAUUUUGUAGUGUCUGCUGUCUCAUCCUGCUUCCGUUCCACGUCUCCUGGUCCUCCCGUGGCAUGUGACUGCUCUCAGGACAGACUGACAGCAAGUCACCCAGCCUCUGUGUGCCUCAGUCUCUCGUCAUUUACAAAAGGAGCGAGAAUUGAUCGUUUUUGAACUUCCUUCAAGCACAAAGAUUUGGAUGUAUAUUUAAUCAAUGUAUAUUAUUCUCCUAGAGCCGCAGUUGCCAGUUUGGAGAGGGUGGGUGUGAUCCUGAAGUCAUCAAAAUUUAGGAGGGCACUAAAAAUAAACCCACUUUUAAGAGAACAUAAUUCUCUCUUAUGCUCAUUGGCUUUAAUUUUUGGAAGUCAGUAAUACCUGCAGCACAACUGAAAGAUGGUUUCUGGCCGUCCUUCUAUUUCUGACUUUGUGUGGAUCAGCUCCCAUAAGGAAUUAUUUUCUGUCCCUGUGUAAAAAGAAACAAGGGGCUGCAACUUUGCCAAAGAUGCUGUGGUAAAGGACACUUGUGAAGCUUAAAAGCCACAAUUUAGUAACUUUUUAAAGAGUUAAAUACUCCCCAUCCUGACUCUCAUCAUUUUCUUCUCUGGCUCCUUCUAUGUAUGACUUUCACAAAUAGUUACAAGAAGUUAAAUACCUUUUAGUUACUUUGUACACUCCCUGCUGAGGUUUCCCAUCCAUCUUAGUGCUUUCACCCGACCCUGGAUUCCAUCUCUCUGCCAAAGAGGUUAAAUGGAUCCCAUUUUUCAACCCCAUUCCUUAGAAGGAACAGUAGGAUGUGCUCAGGCCCUUGAGGUAAAGGAGUCCAGCCCCAAACUCAGUUAUGGUCCAGGAAACAUGAGCACUUCCAACAAACACUGAACAGGGACCCAGAACGUCACCGCGGGCCUCAGCCUGUUGGUCCGUUGCUGAACCAGAGGCACUGCCACCAGAACAGGGUUAUUCUAAAAGGAUCUCUCAACAUUUUCCACAGUGGAAGAUGUUUUUUCUUUUUUUUAUAUCACCUGUAAUAAAGCUUAAUCUUAAGAAAU